AUGUCUGACCUUGGAUUCAGCAAUCUCACUUGGGAUCAAGUUGUAGUACUGGACCGUGUGUUAGAUGAAAUAAUUCCCAUUCAUGGGAGGGGAAAUUUCCCCACUUUGCAGGUAAAACCAAAAGAUAUCAUUCAUGUUGUAAAAGAGCAACUUAUAAAGCAAGGAAUUGUUGUAAAAGAUACCCGAUUGAAUGGUUCUACUGCAAGUUACAUUCUUGCAAGCCAUAAUGGCAUCAGCUAUAAGGAUCUGGAUAUCAUAUUUGGUGUUGAUCUUCCAUGUGAUCAAGAAUUUCAUGUUGUUAAGGAUGUUGUCCUAGGUUGUUUGCUUGAUUUUUUACCAAAGGGUGUAAAAAAAGACAAGCUUACUCAAAGAACCAUGAAAGAUGCCUAUGUUCAGAAGAUGGUCAAAGUUUGCAAUAACCAUGAUCGCUGGAGUCUUAUCUCGCUCUCAAAUAACAAUGGGAAGAAUGUUGAAUUAAAAUUUGUGAAUUCUAUCAGGCGACAGUUUGAGUUUAGUGUAGAUUCCUUUCAAAUUCUUUUGGAUCGCAUGUUAGAUUUCUAUUGCGACAAAAAUGCUAAGCUGACCAAAGAAUCCUAUCCUGUUGUGGUAGCUGAAAGUAUGUAUGGAAAUUUUCAAGAAGCGAUGAUACAUUUGAAGUACAAGCUUAUAUCUACUAGAAAACCUGAAGAGAUUAGAGGUGGUGGCCUUCUCAAAUACAGCAACUUGCUGGUUCGUGACUUCAAACCAGCUAGUGAAGUCGAAAUUAAGAUCCUGGAACGUUAUAUGUGUUCUAGAUUUUUCAUUGAUUUUCCCGAUGUAGCAGAACAACAAAAGAAAAUUGAAUCGUACCUUCGUAACCACUUCAUUGGUGAAGAAAAGAGCAAGUAUGACUACCUUAUGACCUUACAUGGAGUUGUCAACCAAAGCACUGUUUGUCUCAUGGGAUAUGAAAGAAGGCAAACUCUUAACAUGAUCACUCUUAUGGCUUUAAAAGUACUUGGAGAACAAAAUAUUUUACCUAACACAAACAAUGUUACUUGCUUUUAUCAACCUGCUCCAUACAUAGUUACUGAGGGAGGAUACCCUUCUUAUUAUGUACCAUCUGGCCCGCCACAGGUUUACUUCCAGCCAUAUCAGGCAGUGCACUUUAAUGUGCCAAGUGGUAUGUUUUAA